GAACUCUCGCGAUACUUCGAGGCGGAAGACAUUCCGCCGAAUCUUCCGUCCUAGUCAACGGGAGCCGCUUAUGUUGUGCAGCAAGCAGCGACAGUUUUGGGCGACAGGAGGAGAGCGAACUGUUUGUUUUCAUAGUGAACCGGUGAACGGAAGCGUCUACUCCUUCGUCCCCGAACAAACGGUGUUUUUGUUUGUUGCCCGUCCGGUGGCGGAGUAAGUGUUUUCAUGUUGUGCAGUUUACAGUGUUUACGUGAAGACUCCCAACUGGAGAACCGCAUCAGUUCGCCCGGAGGGUCAUCGUCAGCGACGACUCCCUCGGCUCCGUUAGCGACAACUGUUUAGAAAAUGACCGGAGAGAAGAUCCGCUCCCUGCGCAAGGAUCAGAGGCCGAGCAAGGACGAGGAUUUACUGGAGCCGGACGAGGAGGCAGCGACCGGGACGUUCACCGCCUCCAGGACGAGCAACAAGAGCAGAGCGAGUAAAAUCUUCAGCAACCACAAGUUAAUCAAGUCCUCGUCCACACAGCAGAACCAGCAGUCGCAGAUCAAUGCGAACACCAACACACUGUCCACGUCGGAUGUCAUCGAUGAUAAUAACAAGAACCCCAUUAUCCGAACCGGGCAGGACUUUCCGGUGCAUGAGUGUGUGUUUAAAGGAGAUGUCCGACGCCUGUCUUCUCUCAUACGGACGCAGAAUAUCGCCCAGAAAGACGUCCAUGGAAACACACCGUUACAUCUCGCUGUCAUGAUGGGGCAAAAAGAGUGUGCCCACCUGCUGCUGGCCCACAAUGCACCAGUGAAGGUGAAGAACGCUCAGGGAUGGAGCCCCCUUGCUGAGGCCAUUAGCUAUGGAGACAGACAGAUGAUCACAGCGCUGCUGAGGAAGCUAAAGCAACAGUCCAGGGAGACUGUGGAGGACAAGAGGCCCAAGCUGCUGAAAGCCCUGAAGGAACUUGGAGACUUUUAUUUGGAGCUUCACUGGGACUUCCAAAGUUGGGUGCCUUUGCUCUCCAGAAUCCUGCCUUCAGAUGCGUGUAAGAUCUACAAGCAGGGCCUCAACAUCAGAUUGGACACUACCCUGAUAGAUUUCACGGACAUGAAGUGUCAGCGCGGCGACCUCAGUUUCAUCUUCAAUGGCAAUGCCAUCCCCUCUGAGUCUUUUGUCGUGCUGGACAACGAACAGAAAGUCUACCAGCGGAUACAUCAUGAGGAGUCGGAGAUGGAGACAGAGGAGGAAGUGGAUAUUCUGAUGAGCAGCGACGUGUACUCUGCCACGCUCUCCACCAAGUCCAUCACCUUCUCCAGGGCGCAGACAGGCUGGCUGUUCCGAGAAGACAAGACGGAACGCGUGGGAAACUUUCUGGCAGAUUUCUACUCUGUUAACGGCCUGGUGCUCGAGUCCAGGAAGAGACGGGAGCAUCUGAGCGAGGAGGACAUCUUGAGGAACAAAGCCAUCAUGGAGAGCCUGAGCAAAGGAGGGAAUCUCAUAGAGCAGAACUUUGAGCCGGCGAGGAGGCAAUCUCUAACUCCGCCUUCACCAAACACUAUAUCCUGGGAAGAGUACAUCACUGCAGACAAUGGAAAAGCCCCUCAUCUAGGCAGAGAGCUGGUCUGCAAAGAGAGCAAGAAAAACUUCAAAGCCACGAUAGCCAUGAGUCAAGACUUCCCUCUGGGCAUUGAAUCGUUGUUGAAUGUUCUGGAGGUGAUUGCACCAUUCAAGCACUUUAAUAAACUCAGGGAGUUUGUUCAGAUGAAGCUCCCCCCUGGCUUUCCUGUUAAACUCGACAUCCCCGUCUUUCCCACGAUCACAGCCACCGUGACGUUUCAGGAGUUUCGUUACGACGUGUUCGAACAGUUCAUUUUUACCAUUCCCAACGACUAUAAAGAAGACCCCAGCCGCUUCCCUGACCUUUAACCUCUCGAGCUGGAGCAGGAAACAAACGUGCAACAUAACGCUACAAAACAUACUUGAGAAAAAAAAAACAGCGGGAAUAGUUUGUGGAUUCCAUCACCCACCCUGAACACAGACGACGACCAGACGACCGGACAAACAAUGGCGUCGCCAGAGCUGCUUGAGGCCCGCGGUGGCAGAGAGGUUGACAUCUCCUCGUGAUCUUUUGAAGCGUAGUGUUGCAGGUUCUCACUCUCACCCUCGAUCUAAAUCCAGACAGGAGAGUUUGAACCUCUCCUCAGUGAAAAGGGCAUUGAAGUUCAAACGAGUGACAGCAGAGCCGGUGAGUUCUCUGUAUACGGGGUCUGAGACCGUUCAGUGGAUGCUAUGUAUUUAAGUAUGUAAGUAAUGUUUAUAAAGGGAAUGUUUUUAACUGACUUGUAGUAAAGCACUGAUAUUGUCUGUGUGACACGUUGGGGAGGAAUAUCAUCAAAAACUGACUUUUUAGGUUGUUUUAUUCUUGCUUAAGUAGACUUUUAAAGACACAUUAAAUUGUAUAUAAUCGAAUGCACCUGUCAGCGAGGUGUGUAAGAGAAUAAAAUCCCUGCUUUUUAUUUUACACUGAAUUCUUUAACACCAUCAAAUUUUGACAUUUUCCCAAAGAUGUACUAAACACUGAUGAAAUGUCCGUUUACAUUCAGUUUUUGGCUUCUUUUGUAGGUUAAAAACCGUAAAAAUCCAUUUUUGCUGAAUUCCACUUUAACUCUGCACAUUAUAAAAUUGUGUGUGUGUGUGUGUGUGUGUGUGUGUGUGUGUGUAUAACAGUGAUUUUCACGGGCAUGGAGUAGCAUCACUGAACUCUUGGGCACUAUUUAGAUCCACUACAGCCACUCUACAUUCAGCUGAGAUCAUUCACACUCAUUUUGUGAUGCUCGACCCUUAACCCCGCAUUUUAAAUAUAUUAUAGUUUAAUCGAGGCAACGCUAGAAAUGCUGCAAUUUUUAUGGUACUACGAGGUUUUCUCUUCGUUCGUUUUGAGUGGAAGUGAAUGGAAGUCAUGGCGUCUUAAGACUUUUGUUUCUUACUACACGUUUGUAAACUAUGUAACAAACUGUACAAUCCAGCUCAAAGAAAACUGGCGAUUGUAGAGAAAGUAGAUAUUAGAGAAUUAAUGAAUGACUACGACAUUCAUGCCAUUUUUACACAAGAACCAGGCUAUUCCCCUGCACAGUGUGUAAAUACAGGUUUGUCUUUUAUGUUCUUUUCUCGUUCUUUGUGCUGAUGAGUUUAAGAUGUCCUCCACAAGAGGAAAUGUUGUGAUUUGUGUGUAUUUUUAUUUUUAUUUUUUAAAUGUAGCGUCUCAUGAGUUAAAUUGAGGGUUUAUUGGUUUGUAACAUGGUGGCGGUUGCUAUUUUUGUACAUACUUGUAAUGUUUUAAUGAAGAAAAAAAAUGAA